AUGAGAGCAUUCGUGUACGACUCGAGUGGUUCAGGAAUGGGGUGGAGGGAAGAUCAACCGAUGCCUCUGCCGACUGCCUCCCAAGUUCAAGUCAAAGUUCUUGCUGCUGCUACUAAUCCCAUUGACUUGAGACUCGCAGCUCUUCCUGGGGUUUCGAGGUGGUUACGUGGUACAGCAGUGGGCUUCGACUUUGCUGGGCGGGUCACUAUUGGCUCGGCUGAUUACAAGGUUGGCGAUCUCGUCUUUGGUAAGACCAAGUCUGGUUCUAUGGCUGAAUUCGCGACGGCGAAUGUGAGUGAGAUAGCCCAUGUGCCCCAAGGGGUUGACCCCAAGGUCGCUGCAUCUCUACCUGUGGCUAGUCUGGUCAGCUUACAGGCCCUUAGACGGGGUGGUGUUACUGAGGCCGGCAAGAAUGUGUUGGUCAUUGGUGCCAGUGGUGGGACCGGCUCGAGUGGUGUACAGAUUGCCAAGGCACUCGGUGCUAAGGUUUAUGCUGUCUGUAGUGGUAAGAAUGUUGACUUUGUGAAGUCUCUGGGAGCUGAUGUCGUUAUGGACUACACCAAGGAAGGCUUCGAACUCCCCAAUGAUGACUGCCCUGCGGGCACCAUCGAUGUUGUCUAUGAUACCGUCACGAGCCCGGAGGAUGUUAACUACGAAGCAACCGCUCGAAAUACCCUCAAAAAUGGCGGUAUGUAUAUCGCUAUCGAAACACCCAGUGUUUUUGAUCGUGCCAGAUUUUGGCUGUCUCGACUGAGUGGUCGCGACCUCCAGAGAGCUCAAUACUCGAUGUGGGUGGCUCAAUUCAUUCACGAGGAUUUGGUCAAGCUCGGAGAACUUACUGUUGAAGGCCAUCUCCGUAUCGAAUUUGCAGACGAGUUACCGUUCAGUAAGGGAUCGUGUGCUAAGGCUUACCAACUCCAGAGGAGUCGUCAUGCUAGAGGGAAGAUAGUGAUUGUUUUCGAGGAAAAUACCGAGGAAAGCAAGUGA